AUCCAUAUGUUGCAUCCUCAAGUCCGAAAUUAUUUGAGAACGAAUAGUUCAAACAUGGCAGAAAAUUUGGAGUCUCAGUUUGGCGAAGAAAAUGUGUUUAUGAAGAAAUACUUAGCACUUAAAAAUAAAUGCGAACAUCUACAACAGGGAAAUGAAAAGGUGAUAAACAGACUACAGCAUGUGAAGAAACUUAUACGUAGAUAUAACAGGGAGAAAAAGUUUCUACAAGCAAGGUUAGAUGGCUAUAAGGAUAACUACAGGGAGGCACAGGUGCCAGUAAUGUGGGAGGAGGAUCAAAUGUAUAACUUACUGAGACCUCAGACAGUUCCACUAGCUGCUGAAAAAAUUCCAGAACAGCAAACACCACCAAAACCUAAACCUCUGAAGAAAAUCAAGUCAUUACUUAAGUCACCUGAUCAGACAUUGUCCAAUCAGCUGGCAGCUGGUGGGUCACAUGAUCUUGUAUCAUCACCUGUGGCAACUGGGAGUUCACAACAGGAUGUGUACAGUAUGAGCCUCGGUUCCUAUGAUACUCCACGGCGGCCAACAAAUGCAUUUCUGAUGUUUUGUGAUCAGUAUAGACAGUCUGUGAAGAAUGAAUAUUUGAGGGAGAAGAAUGCUAUAAUACCGCAGCAAGAGUUAACAAGAAGGUUGGCAUUAAAAUGGAGUUCUUUGUCACAUGAGGAUAAGAAGAUAUACCAGGAUAUGUUUGAGAUCCAGAGACGUCAACACGAGGAGGAGACUAGCAGAUCGUUGAUCUCACAGAAAGCUGUAAAUACCAUGUAUCUCGAGUCAGAUGCUGCCGUGUCCUCACUACUCGCCGGACAGGAUCUCACUUGAAUUGCAAAGGUGGCUUUAUUUUGAUAACGAGGAGAAGAAGUGAUAUAUUAAGCUGAUUACAGAUACAGUUAUUAAGACAGCAUGUUUGCUUUGUGACGCAAGUGUGAACAUGAUGGACAGUUCUCCGUCAAGCAGUUGUAUUUGUUAUGUACUAUCUAGAAACAUGUAUGAAGCAGCUUAAAAGUGUUUCAGUAUUUCACUGGACAGUAGCUUGUGUUAUCACAUAAUACAGUUGAUUAAGGAAUAACCUAUAGUAAAUUUGGAUCUGUAGACAAAGGUAGUUUAUUGGUAGUGUUAUAUUUCAUUUAACUGUACCAGUAACUAAGUUCUCAAACUCAAAGGAGUUUUGUUAUAGUAAUUUGUCUGCUUUUAACUCAGUUAGCUCAUUAAGGCAAUAACUUGACUACCAACAUGACUACCUGUCUACUGUGCCCGCCCACUUAGCUCAAUAGGUAGAGCGUAGAUCUACAGAUCGUGGGGUCUUGAGUUCGAUCCCUGUGCGGGGCGUAUGUUCUCUGUGACAAUUUGAUAAAAGACAUUGUGUCUGAAAUCUUUUGUCCUCCACCUCUGAUUCAUGUGGGGAGGUUGGCAGUUACUUGUUGAGAACAGGUUAGUACUGGUAUAGAAUCCUGGAACACUGGUUAGGUUAACUGCCCACCAUUACAUAACUGAAAUACUGAAUAAAAACGCUGUUAAACCUAAAACAAACAAACAAAACCUAUCUACUGUACAUGUGAUGAGGUAAUCACAAGGAGAGCCAUUCUCAGUUUCUCGGUGUUAAAUAUGUAAAAGACAACACAUUUGAAACUAUUCAUUUUCCACUGUCUAUUGCAAGCUGCUUGUUCAAAACAAGACUGUUAUUAAACCCAUUUCAGUCAAAA